GCUGUCACCUCCUCCUCGCCGGCCUUUAAACGCUCUCUAUGCUGCGGUCGCUUCCACCUCGUAGAUAUAGGCGGAUAUCAUCAAAACCCUAAUUCAACGUGAACUCCGAAACGAUUCAUGCCCAUUCUUCUUUUGAGAGAACAGAGAAGCGAAGAGAGAGAAGAAAAUGUCGACGAGAUCAUCUGACGCCGCCGCAUCCCAAGCUGUCGCCGGUCCGUCCAGUGGCGUUUCGUCGGCCAAUGCGUCGCCGCUUUAUUCCUAACCCCGUGUUGCUGACAGUUCGUUGGUGUUCUCCCUCGCCCGCUGCCGUUGAUGCUUCCGAAGCGGCGAUGUUUUCAACCGGGAAUGAGAAUGAGAGGUCGGAUGGAAGGCUGAUUCUCGAUCUCAUGGACAGCGGCCGGCGUGAACAUGCUCUAGCGGGUCUUGCAGCGAGGCCACAAGAAUCCCAAGACUUGGCCCGACUUGUAUGGUAUUCGUUUGGUACAAGAGCGAUACUUCUGCAGAAUUUUUUGAAGAUGUUUAAUGUGUAACAAGAUGUGAACCUUACAUGUUUCUUCCCUUCAUUUGUGUUGGGAUUGAAGAAGUUAGUAAAGAUGGAAAUGGUUGCAACUUUAUUCCGAAGUGCUUUCAGUGUAUCUAAUAGAGUGUGCAAUGUUCUCGCUAUUCUUCAGUGUGUUGCUUCACACCAAGAGACUCGAAUGUCGUUUGUUUGAGCAUACAUCCACUUCUAUUCGGUUGCGCUUCUCAAUCAAAUUGGGGAAUGGAGGUGUUUUGAGCAAUAAAGGCUUUCUUCAUUGGAAGUGAUUUCUGCCCUUCUACAGGCCCAAACAUAUCUGGAGUCCUACAGCCCAAUACAUAAUUUAACGCUACGCUGACACGAAAUCGGACACGCGUCAGCACUUCAAAUAUGGGUUUGUUUUUUUCACCUCGUGGUCAUAGACAUCGGCAAUUUUCAUCAGAAACCCACACUCGCCCAAGAGCUCCCAACAAAUUCCUGCCGCAACCAAAAACUCAGACCAAGUUCAUCUGAGAGCCGAGAUUAACGAAACCAAAAAUGCCGAGAAGAUCCAAGGCCAGAACCGCCGCAUUCAAAUCUGUCGUCGGCCCGUCCCGCCGCGUUUCGUCGCGCAAUGCCUCGCCGGGUUUUUUCGGCCUACGUGGCGCCGACGGUUCGUUGGGCUCUUCUUCGUCCCCUUCCGUUAACCCUCGUAUUUCCAGCCCUACAAUCGAUGCUUCGCAUUCACGAGGUCCUCCUAGAUCUUUAGUUGCAGCCGAGGACGAAACAACGACUAAUCGACUGAUUAUUGAUCUCGCGGAUAGCAGAUUGCGUGAAAAUGCCCUUGCCCAUCUUGCUAGGAGAGCGCGGGGAUUCCAGGAUUUAGCCAUACGCUUAUGGUUUUCUUUUGGUACAAUUGCCAUACUCUUACAGGAAGUGCUUUCCGUGUAUCCAUUUUUGUCACAACCAUCUCUAACUCCCAUACAAUCUGAUAGGUUGUGCAAUGUUCUGACACUUCUUCAGUGCGUUGCCUCCCAUCAAGAGACAAGAUCUUUGUUCGCUCAAGCCUGCUUGCCAUUCUAUUUGGUUGUGCUUCUCAACCAGAUAGGUGAAUUGAGAUGUUUUGAGCGCAUAAGGAUCCUCACACUGGGAAUAAUAGCUGCUCUUGUACAGGUUCCGGACCCCAGAGUGAUUUCUCUGCUUCUCGAAGCAGAACUAAUACGUCCCUGCCUAUGUGCUAUGCAGAGAGGAAGUGAGUUCUCAAGAACGGUAGCGACAUUAAUUGUGAAAAGACUUUUACUUGAUGAUAAUGGGUUACAACAUGUGUGUCAGAGGCCAGAUUUAUUAUUGUCUGUGUGGCAAGCACUUGGGAGUGUGGUUGCUUCACUUUCUCAGUUGCCUUCAACUCCACUGCUAAGAGAUGUCAUCGCCUGCUACCUAUGCCUCUUUAAAAAUGAAAGAAGUUUAGGACUGAGGCAGUCGCUUCCGAGAAGCCUUAUUGAUGGCACACUUGGCUACUGUUGUAAUGAUGGUCACACAAGAUUAUUGCUUCAACAGUUGUUGGAUCAGACCCGAUUAUCUCCAAUAGCCCAAAAAGAUCCUCACAAAAUUCAGCACGGUAUUUCCACCAUCUCAACGAGCAUUGUUCUUCAGAGGCUAUUGAUAUUGAUUGGUUCAAGGAUUCAGUGCCAGACGUCACUUGGAAUGUCAUUCUCGCAUCAAAAGGGGAUUUCCUUCUAAUUUUCUGAUUUUCAAUUAACUUCAUUCGCCAACUCAAUAAGGCAAGGUGAGGGAAAGAAAGCUGGCGGAGCUCUCCAAGCCCUUGGGGUAGGGGCAGGUUGUACAAAUCUAGUGAGUUGUUGGUGUCACAAAAUUUGGGAUAUAUGCAAAAGCAUGAUACGUCGAAUUGCUACGGGAGGGGAUAGUAUCUACUUUGGAUGUAGUAGACCUUCGGAGCCUUGAGCGAUGUAUGGACAUUUUUUCUAUCGUUUCUCUCUCCUCUUGAAGAAUUUGAAAAACAAGAGAGAAUUUUUUCAUAUUUCUUGAGAGGAGAGAGAAACAAUAGAAAAUUGCAGCAGAAAUCGAUAAGGGCAUCCAAGGCCAAUGCCGCUGCUGCAUCCAAAGUGGUCACUGCCCGUCUCGCAGCAUUUUGCCGAUCGCGGUUUUGCCAGUACUCCAUGGCGCCUGCAGCAGCUCAUUUGACUGUUGCCCUCAUGUAGAAACCACCUCCAGUUGCUGCAUUGUAUCCAUGUUUCUUGUUGAAAUAAUUGUGGAUCUUUAUUUUGGAGAAUCAGGUACUUGAGACAAUAAUAGAUUAUGAAGUUUGAAUAUGUUUAUGAAAGUAUUUUAAUAGCAAUGUCUCGUCGAAUAUGAUUGUUCUUAUUGCUAUUAUAGACUUUUUCAUAAUUUGUUUCCUAACUCUUUGUGUUGCCCUCAGUUU